UUGGGCACUGCACUUAUGAAUGUUACAGCUUUAAAUCAGGUUCAUAAAAUCAGACAAGAGUAUUUAAAAGCAGUGUUAAAUCAAGAUUUUGCGUAUUUUGAUAGGCACCAAACCGGAGAUUUCGCAUCCAAAAUGACUGAUGACGUCAUUAAAUUGGAAGAAGGUAUUGGUGAUAAAGUCUCUGCAUUUGUGUACAGUCUAACCACAGCCAUUGGUUGCAUAGUUAUGGCGAUGUUGAAGGGAUGGAAACUGGCUCUACUGUGUCUCACAACGACACCCGUUACCUUCCUGCUUGUGGGCUUGACUGGACGAAUAGCCGAUCGUCUGUACAAGAAAGAGGCGGAGCAGACUGGUCGAGCGAGUGCAAUAGCUCAGGAAGUGCUGAGUUCUAUUCGUACUGUGUACUCUUUUAAUGGCCAACAGAAAGAGCUGGAACGAUAUAAAAAGCCUCUUGCAGCUGCCAAGAAGAUAUAUAUUAAAAAAGAAUUUUUUACGGGCCUCUCCAUGGGAUGUUUGUUUUUCUGCAUUUUUGGCUCAUACGCGGUAUCAUUUUACUUCGGUAUAUAUUUAGUUAUCAAUGAUCCAGCAAACUAUAAUGCUGACGUCAUGUUUUCGGUAUUUUUUGGUAUAAUGACAGCUCUGGGGAAUUUAGGCAUGGUGGGCACCCUAGUUAGAUCGUUUGGCCUGGCGCGCGGUGCAGGGGCUCAGAUAUUUAACCUGUUGGACACUGUGCCUACAAUCAACCCAUUAUUAGAGCGAGGAUUCGUUCCCAACAUGGCAGAGGGUUCCAUCGAACUGAAGAAUGUUGUGUUCCAGUAUCCUUCUAGAUCCAAUGUGCCUGUAUUGAAAGGGGUUAGCUUAAGUGUGAAGCGGGGUCAGUCUGUUGCACUGGUGGGCCACUCUGGUUGCGGGAAGUCUACUAUAAUACAGCUUAUAUCUCGAUAUUACGAUGUGUCCAGCGGCAGUGUAUGCGUGGAUAAUAUAGACGUUCGGGAGCUGUCGGUCCGCUGGCUCCGCUCACAGAUAGGGCUCGUGCGACAAGAACCGGUGUUGUUCAACAACACGGUGCGGGAGAACAUCCGCUACGGCCGCGAGGACGCCAGUGACUUAGACAUCCAGGCAGCCGCCAAACAGGCUAACGCACACCAGUUUAUUAUUAAACUGCCGAAGGGCUACGAUACUCUAGUCGGCGAACGCGGUGCUUCCCUGUCGGGUGGUCAGAAGCAGCGCAUUGCGAUAGCUCGGGCGCUGGUCCGCGAGCCGCGACUACUGUUACUUGACGAAGCCACCAGCGCACUAGACACCGCUUCCGAGGCUAAAGUGCAACUGGCUCUUGAUAAGGCAGCGCAAGGACGCACGACAGUUGUAGUGGCUCAUCGUUUAUCGACUAUCAGACACGUUGACAUGAUAUACGUGAUGAAAAACGGAGAGGUCGUAGAGACAGGCACGCACGAUGAACUCAUAGCCAACAAGGCACACUACUACGACAUGGUCUCGGUACAGGAACCCCAAGAACUAGCCGGGAGAGAAGAAAAGGCAAGGAUCACAGGAAAAGAAUCGAAAUUAUCUGAAACCGAAGAUGAAGAAGAACUGGCACCGAUGGAAGAUGAGAAGCAGCCUGAAGUGCCUCGAGUAUCGUUCUGGCGCGUCAUGGCUAUGAAGUCGAAGGAAUGGAAGUGGAUGGUCGCCGGCACUAUUUGCUCCGUUGUUAUUGGGUUCUCGAUGCCGUUAUUUAUUGUCAUAUUCGGAGAUUUGUUCGGUUCUAUGUCAGACCCUGACCCCAACAAGUUAAUGGAGAAAGUUAAAGGGGUGUCAAUAGUCUGCCUAUUCAUUGGAGUAGUGAUGGGCACGUCGAAUUUGAUCGAGGCGAUGUCAUUCGGUGUAGCAGGAGCAUAUUUGACAGAGAGGUUACGUUCUCAAAUGUUCGGACAUUUACUAAAACAGCAUAUUGCUUAUUUCGAUGAGCGAGCUAACUCUACUGGCGCUUUGUGUGCUAAGCUCUCUGCCGAAGCCGCAUAUGUACAAGGGGCCACAGGCCAGCGGAUAGGUAUAUGCUUACAAGGCGUGGGCUCCAUCGGUCUGGCACUAUGCUUGGCCAUGAUGUUCGAGUACCGAGUGGGGCUGGUCGCGCUCGCCUUCCUACCACUCGUCGUAUUCGUUGUGUACCAGCAGUCUAAAGCUAUCAACCAAGAAUCUUUUGGAAAUGCAAAGUGUUUAGAAGAAAGCACGAAGAUAGCGAUAGAGGCGGUGUCGAACGUCCGCACGGUGGUGUGCCUGGGUCGCGAGGCGAUGUUCGUGCGCGAGUACGUGCGCGCGCUGGCGCCGGCGCUGCGCGUGGCCACGCGCGCCGCGCACUGCCGCGGGCUCGUCGCCGGCCUAUCGCGCUCCAUCUUCAACUUCGUCAACGCCGCCGCCCUCACCUAUGGGGGACAUCUUAUUGUUGCUGAAGGCGUUGCUUAUGAAGAUAUCUUAGUUACUACACAGUCGCUGCAAAUGGCGUCGGGCCAGGCGCAGAACGCGUUCACGUUCGCGCCGGAGUUUCAGAAGGGCAUAAACGCAGCGUCCAGAAUCGUCGCGCUCCUCAACACCAAGCCGCUGAUCUGUGACCCGGACAUACCUAUCGUCACUCCCUUUAAAUCAAAAGGCGAAGCGAGCCUUAAAGACGUUGAGUUCAGGUACCCCAGUAGACCGGGAGUGCGAGUGCUGCGGGGGCUAGACUUACAGGUUGAUAAGGGUAAAACAAUAGCACUAGUUGGUCGCAGCGGUUGUGGUAAGAGCACUGUCAUGCAACUCAUGCAGAGGUACUACGACCCCGACGCAGGACUAGUCUGUCUGGACGGCCUGCCUCUACCGAAGCUGCGCGUGUCGGAGGCUCGCGCGGGCUUCGGCCUCGUCUCGCAGGAGCCCGUGCUCUUCGACUACAGCAUCGCCGAGAACAUUGCGUAUGGUGCUAAUGAUGGACCUCCCACGCAUCAGCAAAUCGUCGAUGCAGCUCAGCAAGCUAACAUACAUAAUUUUAUCGUGUCCUUGCCUCAGGGGUACGAAACAAACAUUGGUUCGAAAGGCAUGCAGUUGUCAGGCGGGCAGAAGCAGAGGGUGGCUAUAGCACGCGCUCUCAUUCGACAGCCGAAGAUACUCCUUUUAGACGAAGCGACCAGUGCGUUAGAUACAGAAAGUGAAAAGGUUAGUACAGAGUUAUUACAGUCGAUUCAGUCAACGUUUUAAAAAAAUGUAUAUUUUUAGGUAAGCUUGUAAAUUAUAUUUUUAUACUUAAUUUUUCUAUUCAUAUUUUACCGUUGUCACACCUGGGUCUAUCUAUGUUCUUUUUCUCCGAGAGCUCACGCUGACCAAUCGCUCAAACAUUACUAGAGUGACAAGUCAAAAGUCACGAAACAAUUCAAUAUUUCAUUUCUAUAUAAUUUAAAUUCUAUAAGUAUGUAACUUGUACAGGAUCUUAAGGAAUUAAAUUAGUUUAUGUGGCAGCAAAAAGUAAAUUACGUCUUUGCUUGGAUACGUAAGCCAAGACGAAUUAUUUCGUGACAGGGUUUACAGAAACAACAGCUGAAUCUGAUUGAACCGCGUAAAGUGCAAAGACUCAUUUACGUGACUUGCCGACAUCAUGUCCUUAAUUUUGAGUAGUUCUACCGACGUUUAUGCAUGUCAAGUAUGUCCGCAUUUGUAAUACAAUUAAGCUUUGACUUUUACGUAAAUAUAGGUGGUUCAAGAAGCUUUAGACGCAGCGAAGGCUGGCCGUACCUGCGUGACAAUUGCCCACCGUCUCAGCACGAUCCGCGACGCUGACCUAAUCU